AUGGGCGUCCCCACCCCGAAGCAGUUCUGUCCCAUCCUGGAGAGGCCGCUCAUCAGCUACACCCUGCAGGCCUUGGAGAGAGUAUGUUGGAUAAAGGACAUUGUUGUAGCAGUAACUGGAGAGAACAUGGAAGCAAUGAAGCGUAUUAUUCAGAAGUACCAGCAUCAGCGAAUCUCCCUGGUUGAAGCUGGAGUGACCCGCCACAGGUCAAUUUUCAAUGGACUAAAAGCCCUGGCAGAGGACCAGCCUGACUCUAAACUCUCUAAGCCAGAAGUUGUGAUAAUCCAUGAUGCUGUGAGACCAUUUGUCGAGGAAGAUGUCCUCCUUAAAGUUGUCACAGCUGCUAAGGAACAUGGGGCAGCAGGAGCAAUUCGACCUCUUGUAUCUACUGUAAUCAGUCCAUCUGCUGAUGGUUGCUUAGACCAUUCACUAGAACGUGCCAGACACAGAGCAAGUGAAAUGCCACAGGCUUUUCUAUUUGAUGUGAUCUAUGAAGCCUAUCAGCAGUGUAGUGACUAUGACUUGGAAUUUGGAACUGAGUGUUUGCAGUUGGCUCUAAAAUAUGGUCACAUUAAUGCCAAACUUGUGGAAGGAUCACCUGACCUCUGGAAGGUGACCUACAAACGAGAUCUGUAUGCAGCGGAAUCGAUUAUUAAGGAAAGAAUUUCACAACACAUUUGCAUAGUUAUGGACACAAAAGAAGAUGAGAAUCAUGUAGGUCAUUAUCUUGAAGAAAUACUAAAAAAUGAAUUAAAUCAUGUACAAGUCACCUCUGGAGCUCUGUGUCCUGCUAGCAGAGAUCUUGAGCAAAUCAUCUUAGAGCAAUGCUACAAUUACGUUUGUGUGAAUGUUAUGUCCUCUGAUUUUGAGGAAACCCGGAAAUUACUGAACAUGCUUGAAGAGAGUAAUCUAUCUAUUUUAUAUCCUAUUGUUGUUAUUUCAGUAUAUUUUCUUGAUUAUAAAUCAGUACCUUUUGAUGAGAAAAUGGAAAGCCUAAUACAGAUCAGGGAAUAUGCAAAGGAAGUGAAAAAAAGAAAUAUUUUAUUAUCUGGUCUUCUUAUAUAUUUCCCACAGGAUGAGCAGAGGCUACAGGCAAGUUUAAGGCAAGGAGUCACAAUUAUUGCCACCUUAAUCAAAGAAAGAAAUUCUGGACUUGUUGGUCAGCUACUGGUAGCAUGAAGAACACAGAGAAAAUUAUGUAUCGGGUUUUUAGAAACAUUUACCUAGGCUCCACACCCAGCAUGGAACCCAAUGCAG